AUGGCGGCCGAUUCCCGUUCGCUCCUCGCCGCGACCGGGAGCCGAUUCGUCGUGGUGGGAGGUGGGAUCGCGGGAGUGACGUGCGCUGAGAGGCUGGCGACUGAGUUUCCCUCUGAUGAUAUUUUACUGAUCACGGCAUCUCCCGUUAUAAAAGCAGUAAUAAACUUCAGACAGGUUUCCAGAGUCUUAGAAGAAUUUGAUGUUGAGGAACAAGCGAGCAGCGUGCUGGAGAGACGCUACCCUAACAUCAAAGUUAUCCAGUCUGGAGUAAAACAAUUGAAAAGCGAUGAGCGCAAAAUCAUCACUGAAGAUGGCAAGGAGUAUGCCUAUGAGAAACUUUGUCUGUCCGCCGGAGCCAAGCCGAAAUUAAUUACCGAAGGAAACCCCUUUGUGUUGGGAAUCCGGGAUACAGACAGCGCUGUGGAAUUUCAGAAACAUCUGGCAAAAGCCAAAAGAAUAAUUAUUGUCGGAAAUGGCGGCAUUGCAUUGGAAUUGGUCUACGAAAUUGAAGGUUGCGAAGUGAUCUGGGCUAUCAAAGACAAAGCGAUUGGAAACACCUUCUUCGACGCAGGAGCGGCCGAAUUCCUGAUUCCAAAGCUGCGCGCGGAGAAGCCGGAGCCUCCGAUCACUUGUAAGAGGACAAAAUAUACAAUGGCAGAAAGUGAGAAGGAAGAAAAAGCUGGAGCCAGUCUUAGGAAACUGGGCAGUGCUUUGGGUCCUGAUUGGCACGAGGGCUUGCAUCUCAAGGGAGCAAAAGAGCUGUCCCAUAAAGUUCACAUUGAAAGCCUGUGCGAAAUAAAGAAAAUCUACCUUCAGGCAGAAUUCCAGCGGUCACAGAAAGUAUCCUUGACUUUCCCAAAAGCUCAACAGGAUGAGGGGAAGGCAGAACCAGAUCAAGAAGUGUGGCCAGUGUAUGCAGAACUCACCAACGGGAAGGUGUACGGCUGUGACUUCAUUGUCAGCGCCACCGGAGUGGUUCCAAAUGUCAGGCCCUUCCUCGAGGGAAAUAACUUUGCUCUGGGCCAAGAUGGAGGUUUAAAGGUGGACAAAGAGAUGGGCACUUCGCUACCAGAUAUCUACGCAGCGGGAGACAUCUGCACAACAUCGUGGGAGCCCAGUCCAGUAUGGCAGCAGAUGAGGCUCUGGACCCAGGCGCGGCAGAUGGGAUGGUAUGCUGCGAAAUGUAUGGCUGCCAAUGUUUUAGGGGAACCCACCGAAAUGGACUUCAGCUUUGAGCUCUUUGCUCACGUGACAAGAUUUUUCAAUUACAAGGUGGUUCUGCUAGGAAAAUACAACGGCCAAGGACUGGGGUUAGACCACGAGCUGAUGCUGAGAUGCACCAAAGGCCAGGAGUAUGUCAAAGUGGUGAUGCAGAAUGGACGAAUGAUGGGCGCCGUGCUCAUUGGCGAAACCGACCUGGAGGAAACGUUUGAAAACUUGAUUCUCAAUCAGAUGGAUCUUUCCCGCUACGGGGAAGAUCUCCUAGAUCCAAACAUAGACAUAGAGGAUUACUUUGACUGAGCUUCUGAAAAUGUCACUGUCUUGGACUU